GAAUUUUAAUAUAAAAUUUAAUUUAAAACUUAUAAUUAAGAGUUAGCUUUGCUUUUUUAUUUCUCCUCUACGCUCGGUUACAAUCUGACCAUUUUUGGCCUUUCUUUUGUUGCAUCUCUCGCUUCUCCAUCUCUCUCGAGAAAGCAAAAAUCUAGUGAAAAGCCCCUUCAGAGUGCCUAAAAGGACCACGAUCAAGAAAAAAGAUUUAUAGCUUGUAACAAAAAAAGAUUUUUUUAAUUUGCAAGAACCAUUGACAUAGAUAAUGAUGGAUGGUAUAAUCACAAGAGGUGGCGGUGGAGGUGGUAGAGUUGGUACUGGUGAAGAAUACGUAGGUGAUGGUAUGCAAUGCAGUGAACAUCCUUAUAGAAACAACCCAGGUGGGAUCUGUGCUUUUUGCCUUCAGGAAAAGCUUGGCAAGUUGGUUUCUUCCUCUUUUCCUCUACCUAUUCGUGGCCCUUCUUCUUCUGCUUCCUCUUCUUCUUAUUCUUCUUUUAGAUCUGAUAUUGGUGGCGGUGGUGUUGGCGCCAGUAAUGUUGGCCGUGGUGCUUCUUCACUUUCGCUUGCUGCGCGUCCCACAUCUUCAAAAGGUCGAAAUGAUGGUGGAAAUAGUUGUCACUAUCAAGAUUACUACGCGAGGAGGGCCAGGAUCCCUUUUCUUUUGGCUAAAAAGAAGAAAAAAGUCAUGGUCUCAUCAUCAUCAGAUCGUGAUAUUGUUUUCAAAAGAAGCAAAUCUACUACAACUCCUGCAAGAAACCAUUUCUUGGACGCUUCCACUGAUGAUUGUGAGGAAUUUAGCUCUACAAGAAGAGGUGGGUUCUGGUCAUUUCUUUAUCUUUCUUCCUCCAAGUCUUCUACUACCAAGAAAACAGAUAAGGUGUCAUCAUUGACAGUAAAAACAACAACAACAAGAAGAAGUGGGUAUAUGGUGAACCUCGAGGAAAAGUGCUUGGGGUCUUCUUUGUCCAAGAAUGGUGACAUUGUGGUAGUAAAAGAUGAUGAUAGUCCUAAUAGCCAAGCCAUUGCCUCUGCUUCAUCUUUUGAGAGAAAGGUUUCAAGAUCCAGAUCCGUAGGAUGUGGAAGCAGGAGCUUCUCUGGUGACUUCUUUGAGAGAAUCUCAACUGGGUUUGGAGAUUGCAGUAUUAGGAGAGUGGAGUCACAAAGGGAAGGCAAGCCAAAGGUCCCUGCAGCCACCUCUAACAUGAAUGAAAGAGUCAAAUGUGGUGGUAUCUUCGGUGGGUUCAUGAUCAAUUCCUCGUCUUCAUCUUCUUCUUGUUCUUCAACAUCAUCAUCUUAUUGGUUUUCAUCUUCAGCAGAAGAUAUCAAUGGGAAACCAGCACCUGGGAUUGCAGCUGGGCCUUUUGCUCAUGGAAGGAGUAGAAACUGGGGUUUUGCUUUCGCUAGUCCAAUGAGAGCUUUUGCGAAGCCUUCUUCAAAAGAUGGCAAGAGAGACAUCAUCAGAGAAGCUUCUAAAUCCAAUAAGAGCAAUGCUCCAAACUUAAGUGUCAUUACUUCAUUGUUAGGUGUGAGAGGCUAAAGAGAGAAGAAUCAAGGGCCUGUUGGGUCAUAAUACACAAGUAAAUUUGGUCAUCUUUGUUGAUUUCUGUGUUUAUUAUUGUUAUUAUUAUUCUCCAAUCUUGGUCUCAGUUUCAUAAGUAAUGUUACGCCUGAAUUUUUCUUCCUCUGAAAUUUUAUGUUCAUAUUUGCAAAUUAUUCUCUUUUAGAUAGUUUCCUUGUAAUGUGGGGCUGAAAAGACCAUCCAUUAAAAACCCAGGCGAGCGUGUGGAUUGUGGACUAGUCGGAGAAGGAGAAGAAAUGUUGACCAAUAAAACAUGUGUUUGUCAGUUCACUAUUGUGAUUUGCUGGUGGGUUUUAGUGUGGAAUUUGUAUUCUUUAAUCUCUUUUUAGUGUUCAAUUACUUUUAAUUCUGCAUCUGAUGCAGUGACAAAGAAAUUAUUAUUAUUAUUAUUAUU